GACGGGACCAUUGCGGGGCCGCGGAGGGGCGGGGGGGGGGGGGUCCGGUUGUCUCCGCUCGGCUCCGCUCGGCGCCCGCCGGCCGGGAUGGACCUGGGGCCGCUGCGGAAGAGCUACCGGGGGGACGAGGAGGCCUUCGAGGAGCAGCACUUGGCCUUCCGUGAGCCCAUCCAGCAGUUCCGAGUCUGGUUCGAGGAGGCCGUGAGCUGCCCGGACAUCGGCGAGGCCAAUGCCAUGUGCUUGGCGACCUGCACCAGGGACGGGAAGCCCUCGGCCCGCAUGGUGCUGCUGAAGGGUUUUGGGCAGGAUGGUUUCCGCUUCUUCACCAACCACGAGAGCCGUAAGGGGAAGGAGCUGGAUACGAAUCCCUUUGCCUCACUGGUCUUCUACUGGGAGCCCCUCAACCGGCAGGUCCGGAUCGAGGGCUCGGUGAAGCGGCUGCCGGAGGAGGAAUCGGAGCGGUACUUCCACUCCCGCCCCAAGAGCAGCCAGAUCGGGGCUGUGGUCAGCCGGCAGAGCACCGUCAUUCCGGACAGGGAGUAUCUAAGGAAGAGGAACGCGGAGCUGGAGGAGCGGUACCGGGAGGCGCCGGUGCCGAAGCCGCCGUACUGGGGGGGUUACAUCCUGCACCCAGAGGUUGUGGAGUUCUGGCAGGGUCAGACCAACCGCCUGCACGACCGCAUCGUCUUCCGGCGGCUGCGGGAAGGCUCCGAGCCCCUGGGCUCCAUGACCCACCGCGGGGAGGGCGAGUGGGUCUUCGAGCGCUUCUCGCCCUGAUGCCGCCGUUGUCCCCGGCCGCGUCAGCCCCAUCGGGAGCGUUGUCCCUGCGGAGCGGGGCUGCCCUCGCUCUGCCCUGCCCCAUGCUGCGCUCUGGGGGUGCUGGUGGGGGGGCUCUGCUCCAGCCCCACUGACCGGCUCCUUCCCCUUCGCCUUCCCCAACUGCUCCCGGUUAAUUCAUCAUGUUCAUGGUUGUGGAUGGAUGAAAAAAGACCCCAGUGCUCCCCCCCAUUUGCCCAUGUCGUGCCACUGCCACCACCACCUCGUGCUUCGAGCCCUGCGAUGUGUGCCAGAACUGGUUUAAUUGUGUGUAAUAACUUAUUUAAUCGUGGCAUUAACGCCACCCGUGCUCGUGGCUGUGCAUUGCCACCACCAUACCCCAUCUCCCUGCUGUUACAGGGGACCCCAACCUGCUCGUCUGGGGGUUCCUCUCCCUGUUCCCCCCCCUGCUCCAGCUGCUUGUCCGAGCUUGGACAUAAUAAAUCCCAAUCGUUGCA